ACUUUACAUCAUAGAAUAAAUUAUAGAGCUUUUUCCACUAACCAAAUGCAACAUUUUAAUGAAAUUUAACCUUCUUGAGCCUAUUUCAUGAGUGGCUACAGAUUUUACCCUGCAUUACCAAACCAAACCAAAGGGAAACAUUUUGGGUGUCCUAUUUAUCUUAUACUGCUAAGUUCAGAUUCUGUAUUUGGUCCUAAUAUUAAUGGUAGCCUAAUAGUUGAAUUAUUGAAACGUUUUGGUGUGUAAACAUGCAGUUUUUGUCAUGUAUUCAUGUAAAAAAAAAAAAAAACGUAUUUUUUUUAACGAGGUUUCGGUUUCCAGUCGGACGACUUAUCGCGACGCACAACAACAAGCACUUGUCCCUUUAAACGAAUAGCUGGUGUUUUAAACAUUUUGUUCAAAUAUACAAAGGGUGGUUAGCGUUAUUGACAGGUAGACGGAUAGAUGUCUGACUCGCAAGAACAAACUAAAAAAGCUGAGGAGGAGCCUGAUACACCUGAGCCCGAGGCCGAGUCAGACGACAGCAGCGAGGAAGGUGACGCUUCUGGAGACACUGAAAUGGAUUUCUUGCGCAGUCUCUUCUCUCGGACUCUCGGCCUGAGCCCUGGAGAGAAAGUCCUUGAUGAACUGAGCCUUGACGGAGUUGCACGUUAUAUACAGAGUGGUAAAUGCAAGAAUAUUAUCUGUAUGGUGGGUGCAGGAAUAUCAACCUCGGCCGGCAUCCCUGACUUCCGCUCUCCUGGAACUGGUCUCUAUUCCAAUCUGCAGAAAUACAACCUGCCGUACCCGGAGGCCAUCUUUCAGAUCGACUACUUCAAGAAACAUCCAGAACCUUUCUUUGCUUUGGCCAGAGAGCUCUACCCAGGACAGUUCAAGCCAACUGUGUGUCAUUACUUCAUAAGGAUGCUAAAGGAUAAAGGCCUUCUCAAACGCUGCUACUCACAGAACAUUGAUACGUUAGAGAGAGUGGCAGGACUGGAAGGAGAGGACCUGAUUGAAGCCCAUGGAACCUUUCAUACUUCACACUGUGUGAGUUUCCUCUGCCGGAAGGAGUACAGCAUGGAGUGGAUGAAAGACAAGAUCUUUGCUGAGGACAUCCCUAAGUGUGAAGCCUGCAACAGUCUGGUCAAACCUGAUAUUGUUUUCUUUGGUGAGAAUCUACCAUCUCGUUUCUUCAGCUCAAUGAAAAAGGAUUUUCCUCAGUGUGAUCUUCUUAUCAUAAUGGGCACGUCUCUGCAGGUUCAACCUUUUGCCUCUCUUGUCAGCAGAGUUCCCAAUAGCUGCCCUCGGCUCCUCAUCAAUAUGGAGAAAUCAGGACAGUCGGAUUUUGGAAUGGGCUUGCUGGGAUUUGGAGGAGGUAUGGAUUUCGAUUCAGAUAAAGCCUACAGGGAUGUUGCACAUUUGAGUACGUGUGAUGAUGGUUGCUUGGCUAUAGCAGAGCUGCUGGGUUGGAAGGCUGAGCUGGAGGAGCUGGUGAAGCGUGAAAACGCUCUUAUUGACAGCAAAGAUGCGAAAAAGAAAAGCGAGCAGACGAGUCAGAGCCCUGCGGCCUCAGAGAAAGACGUCAAAAACGCUGAGACUGAGAAGACAAAGUAAUCAGUCAGAGUGAAAAAUUAAAAACCAGUCCAUUUUUGAUGGUUUGACUCCCAGUCUUUGCUUCUCAGAGACUACCGUCCCUCGUCUCUCUGUCUCUUUGAAAUUUGUGUCGUACUAGAUAUACAAUGGGCUUAAAAUUUCACUCCUCCUUAGAGAUUUCUAUCAUGGCAAAUUAGGACAACUAGGCCCAGAGCAGCAAUAUUCAUCAUGUAAGCUAUGAAUUGUACUGUACGCAUUGAGGCGAGACAGACGCGGGUGACAGAGAAGCCAACAUUCUUAUGUGAUCGUGACUGGUUCACCAUAAUCCUGAUAUGCAUAAGGCUUUUAACAACCAUUUGUCAUAUUUUUUUUUUUUAUUAAGGAUUAGUUAUGCAUACUUUCCCAGAUGAAGUGGUAUUAUAUGUACAGGAGGCUAUUUACUAUCUUGACAGAUGAGCCGAAUGUGUUUUAUUUGCAGAAGGUGGCAGAGGUAUUUGUUAAUGCUUAUAAUAUCAUGAGAGUUAUGGAAAUGGUGGUUUUGUGUACAGCCUUACUAAGGGAGAAAGUAACUGAUUGUAGAGUGAAAAAGAAAAAAAAAUUAAAUUAAAAGUUCACUCCAUGUCCAACCAUAUAAAUAGUAGCUAGAUGAUAUGAUAGACAGCUGUUUAAUGGUAAGUAUACUUAAAGUUCAUAAAAUUGACUGAUGCCUUUUGCCUUAGGAGGGCAGCAUAUUUUCUCUUUAUCACUCUUUAUGGUUAAACAAAUUUCUUAUUCUUUUAAAAAAACAGAUUUCUAUUAAUGAAUGAAGCUAUCCAUUAUAAUAAUAUAAUCUGAUAUGUUUAAUUUAAAUUGCUUAAUUUGCUUUUUUUUUGUUUUUGUUUUUGAUAAUGUUAGAGUGUUUCCGAUCUGUGCCAUGAUUAUGCAAGAAAAGCUUCAGCUUAUCUAAAAACAUAUUGCUGUAAUGUUUCCUGAAUCAUGUGUUAGAUAACCAGCAAGAAAUGGAAAUAAACACUACAUAAAUUAUUGAA